AUGCCACACCACCACCGCGCCUCGUCACUGAGGCAGUCGAACAAAGCCUUCAAGUCGAAGCACGCGACAAAGACUACACUCCGCGAAGCGUCAAAAGGUCGUUCGGCCAGCGACGUCUCCAACACGUCUCGUCUCAACUCACAUAAAGCAUCGCCACUCUCGGCCUCAGGUAACGAGGCUGGCUCGCGUCAGCAUCGCAGAAACCACGCCAAGCAAGCACAGCGUUGGAAGCGUAAUGCUCUGAUUCAGUCGAACCGUGUAUUUUCUGCCUCGUCCUCUUCCUCGAGAGAAGGCAAAGAUGGUCUGUCCAAAGGGUUGGCAGGUGCAGGCGCAGGUGCACCUCGAAUUUGUGCUGUUGUCGAUCUCGCAGAGGACGGCGACCCGUGGGAAGCAGUGAGGAGGAUUCAGGAAGAAGGCAUUCAAGGAGGCGUUCAGCCUGUUGCUGGACGUAGUGUUCAAGAGGCUCUUGCACAGAGCCUGCCAUACUGUGAGCUCGAGGCGACACGGUUCCGACAGACGAUUCAGUUCCUUCCGCUUCCGUACGGCGCCCUUUAUCCCAUCCUGGACGCCUGCAAGUGUGCCGACUUUGUGCUCCUUGUCCUCUCAGCAACCACCGCCAUCGAUCCGGGCUCAUGGGGAGAGCUUUGCCUUCGAACGCUUCAAGCACAAGGCCUGCCCACCGUUGUCGUCGCUGUCCCUACCCUGCAGCCGGACGGUGCCACCGGAGUUGGUGGUAGCAAGAAACCAGGUGCCGCGCUCAAAGCGGCCAACGAGGUGCGCAAGUCGCUUCUCAGCUUUGCCAAAUACUUUUCACCGGACGUGGACAAGGUGCAUGCGCUCGACGAUCGAGCUGAGCGAGGUGCUCUGCUUCGUACCCUUGCCACAGCUACGCCAAAGCGUGUCGCAUGGAGAGAUUUUCGUGCAUGGAUGGUGACCGAAGGCGCCGAAUGGGAGCCUACCCUCCAGGCUCACGACAACGGCAAUGCAGACGCAGGCGACGCAAACGGCUCCUCGCAAGAUGCGCAGCGUGGCAUGCUCAAAGUGCAAGGCUGGAUCCGAGGUGCGCCCAUGUCAGCCGACCGACUUAUCCACCUACCCGAUUUUGGCGACUUUGAGAUUGAUCGCAUCACGUAUGCACCUCCGCCCAAUGCACGAACCAAGCGAUCCAAGGCUAGUGCUACUACUGCGUCCACGGAUGUCCAGGACACUGCCAUGGUGGAUGCCGAGGCGACUCAAGACGCACCUCUGACACCCGGCGACGUGCUUCAGUCGCGCGAUGACGAGUUUGCCGAUGAUCUCGUGUCAGAAAACGAGCCGGACGAUAUGGGCAACGAGCAGACAUGGCCUACAGAGGAAGAGAUGCAGGCAGCCGAGCGCUUCGCUCAGCAACGUGCCGAUGGUGAGAUGCCUCCUCCACCGGCUCUACCAGGAACGACGCCCAAGACGAUUAUCAAGGGUAGCGGCAACGCCAAGGACAAUGCCAAGUACCGUGCUGCCUGGAUCAUCGAAUCUGACCAAGAGGACGACGAUGAGGAUGAGGAUGAACACGACAAUGAUGAGGAUUCCUUGAUGACCGACGAUGACGACGAAUGCAUCGAACAAGGCGACAUGGAGGUCAACGAGGCGAUCGACGAUUACGAGCGCAUGAAGGCCGCGGCGAUUGCACAGCAGAACCAGCAUGCUCAGGCGAGCGAAGCGGCGUCCGAGAUGGCAUUUGACGAUGUCGAUGACGCGCAGGCUGAAGCCGAGUAUCUCGCAUAUCAAGAACAACGCAAGCGCCAACGCGAAGAGCGUGAUGACGCCGAGUUCCCGGACGAAGUUGACACGCCACUCGAGAUUGCUGCACGCACGCGAUUCGCACGCUACCGAGGUCUCAAAUCGUUCCGCACUUCGCCGUGGGAUCCGUACGAGGAUCUGCCACGCGACUAUGCGCGCAUCUUCCAGUUCGAAGACUUCCACAAGACACGUCGGCGUGUGGAAGGCGCCGCGCUGCUAGACGGCGUUCAGCCAGGAUUCCGCGUCACGGUAUGGAUCAAAGACGUGCCUCGAGCAGCGGCGAUUCGUGCUCGAGCCUGCAACGUUGACGAGCUGGCGACGGUGGAUUGUGCGGUGCCGUUUGUGCUGUUUGGACUGUUGAGGCACGAACACAAGAAAUCGGUACUCAACUUUACCGUUACCCGCAACACCGAGUACGAAGCGCCGGUACGAUCCAAGGAUGCGCUGGUGCUGUGUUUGGGUCCGAGACGAUUCCGUGUCAAGCCGAUCUUUAGCCAGCACAGUCGUGGAGGGGGCAAGGGCGUCAACAACGUGCACAAGUUUGAGCGAUAUUUGCGUCAGGGAGUUUCGGCGUCGGUGGCUACCGUAUACGCACCGAUCACAUUUGGCGGCUCUACGGCGCCUGCGGUGCUGUUGCGCGAGCGCAGGCUUGACGGUGAAUCGGGCUAUGACCAGCGCGGGGUGUCUGCGGCUCAAAUGCCCCACCUUGUCGGGUUCGGCAACCUGCUGGAUGCCGGUCCGACACGUAUCAAUGCCAAGCGAAUCUUGCUGAGCGGACAUCCGUUCAAGGUGCACAAGAAGACGGCGACGAUCCGAUUCAUGUUCUUCAACCCGGAGGACGUGUACUGGUUCAAACCGAUCACGCUGCAUACCAAGCUGGGUCGCACCGGCCACAUCACUGAGAGUCUAGGUACGCACGGCUACUUCAAGGCGCACUUUGACGGACCCAUCUCUCAGAUGGAUACUGUGCUGAUGAAUCUGUACAAGAGGGUGUAUCCGAAAUGGUCGGAGCCGUUUACGCAGGCGUACGAGGAGUUGCCGCUCCCCAGAAGCCAAGUGCUCGGCAGCAACGACGAAGCCAAAGACGAGGGUAUGAUGCAGGACUAG